UCAGUUGCUCCCUCAGCUGAGCCCAACUAUGUCCGUCAUGAAAGGUAGGCCUGUGCACAGGCUGCCAGGCGUACAGCCUUUAGGCAACAGAUAAUGAAGUCUUCAAAAGGACCAUCGGAAGCUUUGACAGUACAUUCACGCUUUGCAGUGGCUCAUGUUCACCAGCCCCGACAAAGCGUCUAUGUAAUCCCAACAAGCGUUCGUCCACCCCAAAGCACAAUGGCACUUCCACCUCUGGGACUCGUAUAUAUUUCAAACCGAAUCCCCACAUAGCACCAUCAUCACCGUGAAAGAGAAUCAGGCAUUCACAUCGGACAGCAUUAAGCACACUCGCUCAUAUUCCUCUAUAAUCAAAAUGACUUCUCGCAAGAACUACGUUUGCGCUCAGGCUCAUUGCAGUGAAACUUUUGACAAGUUUACGGACCUGAAGAAGCACGAGGCUGGACAUGCACGUCCGGAAAACGUGUACACUUGCACCUUCCCUGGAUGUGACUUCACGACAUUGAAAAAAAAAAGUCUUGAAAUCCACUACGCUAGACACACUGGCGAGCAGCGCUACGGCUGUCCUCAUGGUUGCACCUUCAGAACUCACGAUCCAUCCGCCCUGACGCGCCAUCGCAAAACAAAACACGGAUAUGUUCCUCCUCCGCGCGGUGGCAAUACACGUGGCGGUCGCGCUGCUGCCCCCGUCGCAUCGGACGAAAUCCCGUCGUCCCAGAUCCCUGGUCCAUCCUACCAACCCUAUGCAAGCAACCCAGACCCAUCGUUCAUAUUCCAUAACCCAACGGAUAACAAUUUCCCCUUCACUAUCGAUGUGGCCGACUUUAACAUGUUUAGCGAGCCCGUGAACACAGCCAGUGGGUGGACGGAGGGCUGCAUGUGCCCCGAAUUCAUGCAAAGACGCACUUCGGAGAUGCUGGGUUAUGCGUACAGAGGUUAGUUUACAUAGACUCAGAGUUGUCGGUGUGGUUUGUGUUCUUCGACGUUGUUUCACUCGCGUAUGUCUGGGUGUUCGUUAGAACCGUACCCCCCGUUAUAUCACAGCACUUUACGAUGUCACCUAAAGGCUAAUAAGUACACUCUUUUCUAAGUGUCCCCCCAAAUUAUGUA